AUGAAGUACUUUGAUGGGAUCGAACCACCUUCCGCCUUUGCCCACGCCCCACAGUUGAUAGAUCGGGAGGUGUUUGCCCGCUUGGUGGAGAACGAGCUACGCAGCUUGCCUCAUGUAAAACGGCUUGCGUAUGAACGUGAAAUGUUUCCGUUUUUGCCAGUAGGCGCGUAUGGUUUCUUUCCGGUUACCAUGGCGCGAGAUGAAACUAAACGGGGCGGGUGCCCGGAAACAUGCAGGACAUGGUUGCAGCAGAUCCAAAGGAGCCUUGAUAUUGAGCUAAAUCGGUUCCCGAUUAAUUUUGGACCGAAAAGCAUGCCGUCCUUUAAGAAUCUCAGCCCCGUGUAUGGGUCAGCACGUUCGAUGUGCGGCUUUAGGAUUGAAACCGCUUCAGCGAGCUGGGCUUCCGGCAAAUUCCCGAGAUCCUCUCGAACCACCCGACGCGGUACAGUUUCAGGCCAUUAUUUAUAA